AAAUGGCAAUCCCUUCCCUAGGAAUCGGAAUUCUAGGUUAAUUUUGUAGGUUGUUGAAGUGAAUAUAAACACAUAAAAAUAACUUGAUAACAGACUAGGUAAUCAUUCUUCUGUAAUUUUUAAAGAAGUAUGCCUGUUAUCUUUAAAGUAUAUGUGACUACUUUAAGUGGCUAUUCAAAGGUGUGAAGCAACUAGGCCCUAACCUAGCCGGAGUAGGCCUAUUAACUUUGAAAACAGAACUGAUGUUUUAGAAAAUCUUCCAACAACAGACCUGAAUUAAUUGUAAAAAUGACUUCAAUAAUUAAAGUUCAUGUCCUAUCCGGUGCUAUGGAUGAAUCACCACCGUGUUACAUUUUGCAAGUAGAUGAAUUUAGAAUAUUACUAGAUUGUGGAUGGGACGAAAAUUUUGACCAGGAUUUCAUCAAAGAGUUAAAAAAGCAUGUGAACCAAAUAGAUGCCGUUUUGUUGUCCUAUCCAGAUCCCCUACAUUUAGGGGCACUUCCUUACAUAGUCGGCAAAUGUGGACUCAGCUGUCCCAUCUAUGCAACAAUUCCUGUUUAUAAGAUGGGACAAAUGUUUAUGUACGACUUGUAUCAGUCUCGACAUGACAUGGAAGAGUUUGAUAUGUUUACUUUGGAUGAUGUAGAUGCAGCUUUUGACAAAAUCGUCCAAUUGAAAUAUAAUCAGAGCGUAAAUAUGAAAGGAAAAGGUUACGGUAUAACAAUAACACCAUUACCAGCUGGUCACAUGAUAGGAGGUACAAUGUGGAAAAUAGUCAAAGUAGGAGAAGAGGACAUUAUCUAUGCUGUUGAUUUCAAUCACAAAAAAGAACGACACUUAAAUGGAUGUGAACUGGAACGUCUUCAAAGGCCGUCCUUGCUCAUUACAGAUGCAUUCAACGCCACUUACCAGCAAGCUCGUCGGAGGGCUAGGGAUGAGAAACUUAUGACCAACAUUCUGCAGACUCUGCGUAACAACGGGAAUGUACUUGUCGCUGUGGACACAGCUGGUAGAGUGUUGGAGCUCGCACACAUGCUGGACCAGCUGUGGCGCAACAAGGAGUCUGGUCUACUAGCUUACUCCCUAGCACUGCUCAACAAUGUCAGCUACAAUGUUGUCGAGUUUGCCAAGUCCCAGAUUGAGUGGAUGAGUGACAAGUUGAUGAGGAGUUUUGAAGGUGCUCGAAACAACCCAUUCCAGUUCAAACAUGUUCAGAUGUGUCACAGCAUGUCUGAGCUCAGCAGGGUCCCCAGUCCCAAGGUGGUGCUAGCAAGUUCUCCAGACAUGGAAUGUGGAUUUUCAAGAGAACUCUUCCUACAGUGGUGCACAAAACCUAAUAACAGUAUUAUAAUCACCAAUAGAACAUCGCCAGGUACUUUAGCAAGAGAAUUAAUUGAUUUAGGAGGCAACAGGACUAUUACACUUCAAGUUAAAAAAAGAGUUCGAUUAGAAGGAGCAGAGCUAGAAGAAUUUCUACAAAAAGAACGAGAAAAAGAAAAGGAAAAAGAGAAAAGUGAGUACGAUGUGUACCUAAGUUCAGACUCGGAAGAUGAACAAGAAUUGGCAGCCAUUAAAGGGAAACACGAUCUGCUUGUGGUUAAGAGUGAGAUCAAAUCUCAAGCAGGAGCAGGCGGAGUUGGUGUUGGAGGAGCAGGGUUCUUCAAAAGUAGCAAAAAACAACAUCCCAUGUUUCCAUUUUAUGAAGAAAAAGUCAAAUUUGAUGAAUAUGGAGAAAUAAUAAGGCCUGAAGAUUAUAAGUUAGCAGACGCUUCAAUGGAAGUGGAAGAGAAUAAAGAAAAUGUUGAUCAGAAGGAUGAAGAUUUAACAAUGGACAUCACAGAGGAGCCUACUAAGUGUGUCAAGUACACCAGGCAGGUGACUGUGGCAGCGCAAGUGCAGUUUAUUGACUUUGAAGGCCGCUCGGACGGAGAGAGUAUACAGAAGAUCCUAGCAGGGCUGAAGCCUCGACGGCUGGUGUUGGUGAGAGGCAGCCCGGAGAGUACUCUAGCACUAGAGGCUCACACCAAGCAGAGGUGUGGAGACGCACGAAUAUUCGCUCCUUCACGAGGCGAGGUGGUGGAUGCCACCACUGAGACCUACAUCUAUCAGGUGAGGCUGACAGAUGCGUUGGUGUCUUCUAUGGAGUUCAAGAGGGCCAAAGACGCAGAGCUGGCCUGGUUGGAUGCAGUCAUGGUGACUCGCAGCAAGGCUGUGGCCAAACCUCUCUCUGAGAACACUACAUCUGAGCGAGAGGCUCUACAAGACAAUGAUGACACUAAAGAAGACACCAAAGAUGAAAUAUACACUUUGGAACCCUUAGCACCAAAUGAGAUCUCUGGGCACCAGCCAUCGUUUAUCAAUGAGCUGAAGCUGUCAGAUUUCAAACAAGUGUUGACCAAGUACAACAUCCCAUCAGAGUUCUCAGGAGGAGUUCUGUGGUGUUGUGACAACACUGUGGCCAUCAGACGGCAUGAAGCCGGGAAAGUCACCCUAGAAGGUUGUUUAUCUGAAGAUUAUUAUAGAGUCAGAGAACUUCUAUAUGAACAAUAUGCUAUUGUUUAAAAAUUGUAAAUUUCUAUUGUAAUAUUGAUGUAAUCCAUUUAUCAUUAUAUAAUAUUUUGUAUGCUAAUGCUAAGAUCAUAAAUAAAAUAAUU